AUGUUUGUAAUAGCAGUCUACGUCUACUUAAAGUACAGUGUAGUUCUGAGAGUUGAUAUGUCUUCAGGGAGUAAUGUGGAUAUACAGACCAGCCUUCUAGCUACUGGAUUCCCCUUCCUCUCUUUCGCUCCUAGUGAGAGUGGCGCUCCAUCCAAACAUCGAACGUCAAGUUCAUAUAGGCUUCGACUACGGGGCAUCACUCGCCUCAAUUUUUCUCUUUCCCCCUCUCGCUCCGAGGUCUCCCCUUGGAGAUUCGGUAAUCAAGAACCAACUGGCACCAGUGAGAGUGGCGCUUUAUCCCAAAAGGGACUCAACUAA